UGCAGCUGAGCUAACUCGGUCACAAUGGUCGAGGUCGGCGCCUGCGCACACAGGACCAUUUUACAUAAUUUCAUAGACACGAUACCUCGUGACAAUUUUUCUUUUAAUUUUUUCCAUUUAUGAUUUGACAGUUGUAGUGAGGGGACAUGUGAGAAGUGUAAAAAAUGUUUUUUAAAAUUGAUUUAGUUGUAGUGUUGUUAUUUAGUUUUGUAAUUGUGUUUGCCAGUGCGCAGGAUUGUAAAGUUGGCGGGAAAAAGUGCGCGGACCAUGACCAAUGCUGCGGCGGCUGCUGUUUCGACGGCGAGUGCAUCGAUAGUGAGUAUCUUCCUACCGGUCCUGUUACGCAUCCCUAGAUGUCUGUGAUGACCACAUCUGCCUUGGAGAAGAAGAGUGCAUAGUAUACAUACCGCCUGAGUGUCCGGGAUGCGAACCUUUGCCAAUAUGUCGACUGCCGAACGUAUAAUCCUUGGAUACAGUGACCAAAUGAAUACAGCGAAUCCAAGCCAAAGUCUGUACAUUAGAACGACAAGCUAUAUUCAAUCGAAUUGUUUCUAACUUAGAGUCCAAAUUAAUUUAAAUUAAUCAGCUAGUAUAUCGAAAUUAAAUUAUUUACUACUUGUAAUGUAAUCAAUCAAUACCAGGUAUGAAACAACUGAAUUCAGUAAAUAAAUUGAAAUUGUUAUUUAUUACUAUUUAACGAACUGUAAUUUGAUCUCACGAAAUAAUAAUUAACGAAAUUCAUGAAUUAAUAAUAAAAAUGUAAACAUUGAGCUUGUUAUUUGUACUUUCGUGUGUUAUUUAAAUAUUUUUAGUUGAAUAAUUUACAUUUAAGGUUUUAUAUGUAUGAAAAGACCUAACUUAUUACCAUAACUGUAGUGUAAGCGCAUAAUCUGUGUACAACAUCAGUUGUCAACGUCAGUUGUCAACGUCAAUUGUCAAUGGCAGUUUGAAUUAUACCGAGCUACAAAUGGGCUGUGUGUUUUAUUGUGAGCUUCCCCAGUACUAAAUACUAUAGUGGCGACGAGGACAAUUAGUUACGGUUUUGCGUGCGCAUUCAAUCUACAGUGUGUCACAAUGUCGAUUGGUAAAAUCAAAGAGUUCGACAUGCGGUCGGGGUUAUGGACGUCUUAUAUGGACAGACUUGAGAUGUACUUCAAGGUGAACAAGGUCACGGACGAAAUGAAGUUACCGACGAUGAUUGCUAGUAUGGGGGAUGAAGCUUACGAGUUGCUGGUUAAUCUCGCUAGUCCAAACAAGCCUUCGGAAUUAUCUUUCGUACAAGCUGGUGAUUUGAUGCAACAACACUUACAACCGCCGCCAUCUUCGUUAGCGGAAAGAUACCGAUUUCGACAGAAACGGCAAGGUGCUACGGAGGAUGUGGCCACAUACGUAGCGGAACUGAAGAAAUUGUCGCGGAAUUGUAAGUUCAACACCAAUUUGAACGAAAACUUACGCGACCAAUUUAUCUGCGGGCUGCGCAGUGACGUCAUUCGGCAGCGGUUAUUCGCUGAAAAUGACACCAUAAAUUUUGCGGAGGCGGUCAAGUUGGCGUGUUCGUUAGAAGCAGCGGAGAGGGACGCAGCUGUGGUUGAGGGGAAAGGAGCAUCAGAGGCGAGGAGUACGUGCUCGGUCCAUGCGCUAGAAAAGUGCGCGGGGCGUGUCGGACAAGGACGCGGGCGCAGAGUUGGCGGAGCGGGACCGGUAGCACCGACAGCUAGAGACCGCACGCGGCCGGUCAAUGUCAGGAUGACGGGCUCAGCCGGGUCGGUGAACGCAGGCUGCGCAGCAUGCGGGGCGGCGAAUCACGAUUUUGACAGGUGCCGUUAUCGGAACUUUGUGUGCAGCAAAUGUCAAAAUGUGGGUCACUUGCGGCGGGUGUGUCCUGAGUGGAAAGGUCGAAGGUCGCAGGGAAACAAUGACGGUCAAGAAAAAGCGAUUAGGCGCGGAUUUCAUUUCGGAGAUCUCGACUACGGGACCAGUGAUGAAGAAGGGGUUAUCGAAGAUCUAAAUCUCAUGGCAUUAAAUAAUUAUAAGGCGGUGAGUUUACCCAUUCUUAUAGAUAACAUUCCAAUUGUAAUGGAGAUAGACACUGGCACAGCCAUUUCGUGUAUAAAUAAAAAUGUAUAUGAUUUGUAUUUUGACCAUUUGCCUAUUAAAAAUGAUAAUACUAUCCUAAAAUUUUAUGAUGGCUCGAAAAUAAAGCCCUUGGGUAUAAUUAAACCGUCAGUGUGUUAUGAUGCCAUAGAAAAACAAUUAGAAUUAUUUGUCAUUGAGAAUGGUACCACAUCUUUGAUUGGGAGACAGUGGUUGGCAGAAUUACAAAUAGAUAUUCCAAAGUUUCAGUGUAAUUUUAUCAGGAAGGAUGACAAACAAAUUGAUAUUGUGUUGUGUAAAUUACUUGACAGGUAUAAAGAACUGUUCAGUGGAGGGCUGGGACGGUACAGGGGGGCAAGGCAACAUUGCGGGUGCGUGAGGGCGCGGAACCCGUAUUUCACCGAGCACGGCCCCUGCCGUAUGCACUCCGUGAGCGCGUCGACGCUGAGCUCGAUGCGAUGCUGCGCGCCGGCGUCAUCGAGCCGGUGGACUGCUCGGACUGGGCUUCUCCACUGGUGCCUGUUAAUAAGGCUGACGGUACGUUACGUAUUUGUGCGGACUACAAGUCUACUUUAAACCCCGUUUUGCUGGUCGAUCGUUACCCACUUCCUAGAAUUGAUGAUAUUUUGGUAGGGUUAAAUGGAGCUCAAUAUUUAAGCAAAAUAGAUUUAUCUAAUGCUUACAAUCAGAUUGUGUUGGAUGAUUCCAAAAAGUUUACUGUCAUUAACACACACCGAGGGUUAUUUCGAUACAAUAGGUUAGUAUAUGGCUUAGCAUCUAGCGUAGGAAUUUUCCAACGCAUUAUGACAAAUUUAUUACAGGGCAUUCCGCAUGUGCAAGGGUUUCUUGAUGACAUCAUCAUAGGAGGUCAGACUAGAACGGAGCAUUUACAGGCCCUUGAGGCUGUUUUGAAGCGUUUAGCUGACAACGGAUUAAAGUUAAGGAAGGAUAAAUGUGUUUUCUUGGUAGACAAUGUUAAAUAUUUGGGGUAUGUGAUAUCAAAAGAUGGAAUUAAAGCGGAUACUUCUAAGAUUGAUGCUAUUCUUAAGAUUGAAGCUCCUACCAAUGUAACAGAAUUACGUUCGUUCCUAGGUAUGAUUAACUUUUACGCAAGAUUUACUAGAAAUCUUAGUUCCUUACUAGCUCCUUUGCAUAGUUUACUGCGGAAGGAGAUUCCAUGGAAAUGGGACAGUGAGUGCGAGCGCGCAUUCGGAGAAGUCAAAAGAGCGUUAGUCAGUAGCGAGGUGUUAGCUCACUACGAUCCUAGGAAACCGGUUAUCGUGACGUGUGAUGCGAGCGCGCGGGGUAUUGGAGGGGUAUUGGCGCAGCGCGGGGUGCGGGGCGAGCGCCCAGUGGCGUAUGCGUCGCGUGCCCUCACUGCUGCGGAGAAAAAUUAUUCUCAAAUACACCGCGAAGCUUUAGCUAUUAUUUUCUGUGUAAAGAAAUUCCAUCAAUAUUUAUACGGACGAAAAUUUACAUUACGCACUGACCAUAAACCGUUGGUUUCUAUCUUUGGCCCUAAUGCCGGAAUACCGACUAUGACCGCGAGUAGGAUGCAGAGGUGGGCCGUCAUUUUGUCUGCUUAUGACUACGAUAUAGAAUACAUUAAAACUAACGAAAACUGUGCGGACGGCCUAUCGCGGUUGCCGAUCAAUACUACUAAACAAGAAAGUGACGUAAUUCCGGAACAGACAUAUUUACACUUUGCACAAGAAGCGUUAUUAUUGGAUAAUAAACAAAUAAAAACAUUUACAUUGAAGGAUGCCAUUCUGAGUAGGGUUUUAUCGUUUAUACGGGACGGUUGGCCCGAAGUGUGUAGUAUAGUAGGUAUGCAACCUUAUUUUAAUAGGAAGUCGGAAUUAUACGAGGAAUUAGGAUGUGUUAUGUGGGGGCAUAGGGUUGUAAUUCCUGAUGGUUGCCGAGAUAAAGUGUUAAAAUUAAUACAUGAGCCGCACAUGGGGAUAGUUAAAUCCAAAGCCAUAGCACGUAGCUACGUGUGGUGGCCCGGCAUCGACGAGGCGGUGGAGCGCGAGUGCCGCGCGUGCGCCACCUGUGCCCAGCAUGCGGACGCGCCCCCAGCGCAUCCCCACGGCUCUGGCCCUGGCCUCACCGCCCAUGGACUAGGCUCCAUUUAGAUUUUAUGGGCCCCAUCGGAGGUAGAUUGUAUUUGGUCGUAGUAGACUCCAUGUCAAAAUGGCUAGAAGUUUUUUUGGUUCCUAAUACGUCAGCUCGAAGUACUAUUUCUAAGCUUAGUGAACUAUGGAGUAGGUUUGGCGUUCCUAGGCAGAUAGUGACAGAUAACGGUCCACCAUUUACAAGUAGUGAAUUUGCCACCUCUUUACAGGGUGACGGGGUGGAACACGUAUUUACAGCCCCUUAUCAUCCCGCGUCAAAUGGGGCGGCGGAGAACGCAGUCAGGACCCUAAAGAAGGUUAUUAAAAAGGCUAUAGCUGAGAACAAAAAUAUAGAAUUGACCUUGAAUAAUUUCUUACUGCAUUACCGUAAUACCGAACAUUGUUCCACGGGAGAAAGUCCGGCGAUAUUACUGAUGGGCAGACGUUUAAGGACUAGGUUAGACGCGUUGAAACCAGAUAGGGAAGGCAAGGUUCGUGAGUCGCAGCAGCGGCAGGUUAGAGGUAAAGGUGGGGAGAGUAGAGAAGUAGGAGUAGGUGACGAUGUUUGGUACCGUCAGUAUCUAAAGGCAGAAAAAUGGCAACCAGGAUCUGUGAUUAAGUCAACAGGAACUAAUGAUUAUAAAAUUCUUGACGAUAAGGGUAACGUUCACCAUAGACAUCUCGACCAGCUAAAGCGUAGAACGAGGAGUUCGCUUGUAGUCCCCACAGGUACGAGACCGUCUUCCGUGGACCCUCAGACUUUGGAGCCUGAUAUCCAGGCGGAGAUCCCAUCUGAGCGGACCGUAGUUCGAGGCGAGCAGCUGGGUGAGCCCGGGGGUAAGAUAGGUACCAAUACAGAGUCCGUUGAGGAUUUAGGCAUGCCAAACAGUGAGGACUUUACCACGCCUCCUACCACCCCAGUACCGACCCAGCCACGUCCCGUUCGGAGUUGUCGAGUGGGUAAAACCAUAAACUAUAAGUAUUCUUAAGUUAAUCAUAAUUUGUUAGAUAUUAAGUAGGUAAUAAGUUAGAGAGGGGUAAUUGUUGUAAUUCUUAAUUAAGUGGGGAGGGAUGUAGUGUAAGCGCAUAAUCUGUGUACAACAUCAGUUGUCAACGUCAGUUGUCAACGUCAAUUGUCAAUGGCAGUUUGAAUUAUACCGAGCUACAAAUGG